ACAAAAAAGUUUGGUUAGCACUUCUCACAGUCUGCAAAAGUGUCAUACGCAAUGGCUGCUGUUUCUACAAAGUUAAAAAGUCCGUUAUUAUGCGUUAGCUAUUAUUUUUAUCUAUUUCUGCUUAGUUUUUUUCUUAUUUCGCUUCAAACUUACCCGUGUUUUGAGGUGAGCUGUGAUGCUAGCGCCGCAGUGUUGUGGUAGUUACAGAUUAGCCACAGUGUGACGGAUCCACUAUAGACAAACCAGCUGCCUGUCACCGGACUUAGACCUGGGAGAUGUAAAUGGAAGCAUUCAGAGCACACAACCAGUCAGACAGAGGCAGUGUGUGCGCAAAAACCCGCAAAAACCACCCUACAACCCGCUUUUUCUCAGCGCGUCUUCCCACUCCAAUCCAUGGAUUUUCACCAACUUUGUACUUUGGACUUUUUUGCACAAGUCUCGGAUCAUUAUGGCUACGGGGGGGACUUCGAGGAGGUCGUGAAGAGAGAGUUCAGGCGCUCUAAAGGAGUCACGUAUUUGGAUCACGCUGCUACCACGCUGUACCCGGAGUCUGCGGUCCAAAACUACUGCCAGGACAUCAGCACUAAUCUGUAUGGAAACCCACACAGCCACAGCCUCAGCAGCAAACUGACACAUGACACCAUGGAGAGGGUCAGAUACAGGAUCCUACAGCAUUUCAACACCGACCCCGAGGAAUAUUCCGUCAUCUUCACUUCUGGAAGCACAGCCGCUCUCAAACUGGUUGCUGAGAGUUUCCCAUGGAGCCCCGGGAGUGUUUUUAGUUAUCUGACCGACAACCACACCUCCGUCGUGGGCAUAAGAGGGCUCACUUCUGGCCUAGGGGUUACAACUUUACCCAUAGCACCUGAAGAUAUCGAAAACACCUUUGAAAAUACAACUGGGAAAGGAGAUAGCUCAUGCCAAACGUCACAUCUAUUCUGUUAUCCUGCUCAGAGCAACUUUUCUGGGAAGAAAUACGCCCUUAGCUACGUGAGGGGCAUCCAAGCACGAAGUCUGUACCCUGCUAGUGGCUAUAACGGAAAGUGGUUUGUCCUCCUAGACGCAGCCUCCUAUGUCAGCUCUUCACCACUAAAUUUAAAGCAAUACAAGGCCGAUUUUAUCCCCAUUUCCUUCUACAAGCUGUUCGGAUUCCCCACGGGGCUUGGGGCGCUCCUUGUUCACAGGGACGUGGCGGCCAUGUUGAAAAAGCGUUAUUUUGGGGGAGGCACAGCCAAUGCUUACCUCUCUGGAGAAGAUUAUUAUGUCCCGGUGAAGAGCACGUCUGACAGGUUUGAAGAUGGUACAAUCUCGUUCUUGGACAUCGUCGCUCUCAACCACAGCUUUGACGCACUCUACAAACUCACAGGGGGGAUGCAGUCUGUCCAGGAGCACACAUUUGGCCUGGCGCGCUACACUUACAUCGUCCUCUCAAGCCUUCGCCACAGCAACGGGCAACCGCUGGCGCAAAUCUACGUCCACGGCCAGUUUGACAGUCCCAGCACCCAAGGGCCUAUUCUCAACUUCAGCCUCCUGAACGCGCAGGGAGAGAUCAUUGGGUAUUCACAGGUGGAUCGGAUGGCCAGUCUCUAUAACAUCCACGUGCGCACCGGCUGCUUCUGUAACACAGGGGCGUGCCAGGCUUUUCUGGGUAUCAGCAACCAGCAAAUGAAGAGAAAUCUGAAGGCAGGUCACGUUUGCGGAGACGAUGUGGACCUGGUUUUGGGGCAGCCGACUGGAUCCGUGCGCGUGUCCUUCGGAUACAUGUCCACUUUUCCUGACUGUCAAAACUUCCUGAGGUUUGUGGUGGAGUGUUUCGUGGAGGGGCCGGUGACAGUGGACCAAGAGAGGAUAGACUCGCUCACAAACGCAACACCGCUGCGAGAUACGAGCCUGCAGCCAAUCACAUGCCAGAAUGGGGAGGUACAGGAAGCGGAGGAGACAGAGAGAGCAGAGGAGAGGAGAUUCGGACAGACUCAAUCUAAAAACCACAGGGAGGAGGGCUGUACUCUCACCAAUAUCUACAUUUACCCCAUCAAGUCCUGUGGGGCAUUUGAGGUGCAGCAGUGGCCUCUGGGAUCUCAGGGUUUACUGUUCGACCGCGGCUGGAUGGUGGUGAACGUGAACAGAGUCUGUCUGAGCCAAAAGAGGGAAGCUCGACUCUGCCUCAUCAAACCAAAAAUCCACCUGUCCUCCAACAAACUGGAGCUCCAAGCCACAGGGAUGGAGAGUAUUUCUGUUCCGCUGGAAACUAAAGCUCAGAGUACCGUGUGUCAGAGCAGAGUAUGUGGAGACAGAGUGGAGACUCUGGACUGUGGGGAGGCAGUAGCAGAGUGGCUGUCAGAUUUCCUUGGACAGAAGUGUCGCUUGAUAAGGCUCAGUCCUGAUUUCACACGAGAUGCCAAGAAAAAGAAGCAACAGGAGCCCAGCCAAGGAGAAGCCUCCUCCUCUCCUCUCUCGCUGGUGAAUGAGGCGCAAUACUUGAUGAUAAAUCGUGGCAGCGUGGAACUUAUUCACCAGCUAAUUCACAACAGGGAGGAGUUGAAUGCAGACGAGCAGCUUGUUCUUGACGUGGAAAAUGUCAUUAGGCGCUUCCGAGCCAAUCUGCUGGUGUCGGGAGCUCAGGCAUUUCAGGAGGAUAAUUGGUCUCAAUUGAUUAUCGCCGACACUGGUUUUGCGGUGUCGGGACAGUGUGGCCGUUGUCACAUGGUUGGGAUAGACCAGGAGACCGGAGACAAGACCAAAGAGCCUCUAAUGUCUCUGUCAGCGUACAGGAACAAAGGGAAAGUGACGUUCGGAGUGUACCUCAUGCACCGACUCCCAAAGGAUUCAAAUGUGACCACCGUCCUCAGAGUCGGCUCCCGCGUCCUGCCUCAGUCUCAACAUUCAUAAAAUGCUGUUUAUUUUACACAACCACAGAUUUUAAUAUUAUUUUAGCAUUGUGCCGUUUGUGCCUUAAACUGUGAAGACUAAGAUAUGAUGUUUUUACACUUUUAACGGGUGAUUUUAAUCCUGUAUUUCCAACCAAAGAUUAUUUUGAUUCUAAAUAAAUCAUGUUGUGUCAUGUUUAAGGAGUGGCAAGCUUGUAAAUAUCAAUGUGUCAAUUAUA